UCCUCUGCCACAACUUUUGUUUGGCCACGGCCAGACAUACACCCAGCCUGGGGGUGUGUGUGUUCACUCUCUGGAUGACUAUAUAAGUGGACAGACGCCAGGCAGGGGAGCUAAGCUAGGAGCUCCUUUUGUAGAAGCAGGAGGAGGCAGAGACAGGAGGCGAGACCGAGGAAGGGCACUGCGGGGCUCCUGUGACGGGCAGCAUGGCAGAAGAUCUCCAGCUAGAAACAUGGGACCUGGAAUGCGAGCGCAACAAUCGGGAGCACCGGACCUCCGAGAACGGCAACGAGCGUCUGAUCGUGCGCAGGGGGCAGCCGUUCACCAUCACGCUGCACUUUUCCGGGAGGGAGUACCAGGAAGGCGUGGACCAGCUCACGUUCCACGUUGAGACAGGUGAGUCCUCCUUGAUGCUCCUAACACAUCGUCCUCCACCGUGCUGACUUCUGGACUUGGCU